AGAGAGAGAGAGAGAGAGAGAGAGAGAGAGAGCAGGCGAGUUAGGCGCUCCACACACAGCUGGAUGCUGUCCGGCCUUUUAAAAGGGGAUUUAUGUGGAGCUUACUUUAGAAUGACUACAGAGAACUGCACAAUAAACAAGACCUUUUUAGGGCUGUAAACGCAGCUCAAUUGAAUUAGGAAAUAAUUGCAAAAUAUUUAUUUUAAAAGGUGAUCACUUUUCGAUAUUUUCGGCACACCUUCCUUAAUUGUUCACAGGGGAUAUCCGACAAGCAUCACAUUUUUGGGUUCAAAAUAGUGAGGAUAUCCGCACAGACUACACUGAGAACCUGUCUGAGAGAGAAUGAGCCUCCCAGCACACAACAGGGUUUGGCACUGACAGACACGUUGCCACACAUAGGAGUGCAGAACCUCUCUCCAUUUUUUGGCACUCCCCCUCCUCCUCCCAGCAUCUCUAAUAAGACACAUGCUCCUGGGCUGGGCUGUUCACUCACACCAGCCCUUCCUGGCUUCUGCUGCUACGCACUACACACUCCUUACAGUCCUGCAUGGCUUCAAGGGUGGAAGAGCUGUGCCCUUUCUGCUCACACAUUCAUCAUCUCACCGUCUAUCUCCACACCUGAGUCCAGCACUGCACCCCUUCUUCCCUCUCAUCCUUACCCUCAGCGUUAUGGCUUGUGCCGUGGGUGUGUUUGGUUUUGCAGCUGUAUUACUCUCUGCCCAAGGAAGGGGAGUCCACAGUGGGCAGUAAACAGAUCCACCUGCCUCAUCGUAGUAAAGGGGGACACCUCGUCACAUCCGUCUUCCUGCAGGGGGAGUGCCAGCACCGCUGGGCAGCAGGGACUAUGCAGCUGGGACUGCUGGCACUGGUGGUGGUCUUCCUCAGCUCUAUGGGUUACAGUGACAGCCUCAAGAUCCCCAGAGGAAGGAGGCAGAGACACACAGCUAGUACCGAAGUGCCAGCAUCAUGCUCCAGUGGCUGUGAAAGCUGCUCCGAAUACAACGGAUGCACAAAAUGUCGACCACGACUUUUCAUCCUCCUGGAAAGAAAUGACAUCCGUCAAACAGGGGUGUGUCUUGCCACUUGUCCUGUUGGAUAUUACGGCAUUCGAAAUCGGGACGUAAACAGGUGCACGCAAUGCAAAAUAGAAAACUGCGCAGAUUGUUUCAGUCGAACAUUUUGCGCAAAAUGUAAGGAGGGCUUAUAUUCAUACAGUGGCCGGUGUUACCACAGCUGCCCUGAAGGAUUAAUCACUGUCAACAGCACCAUGGAGUGUGUAGUGCGAUGUGAGCUUGGUGAAUGGAGUCCGUGGGGCCCCUGCAUGAAGAAAAACAAAACAUGUGGUUUCAAAAAGGGCAGCCAAAGCCGUAGAAGAGAGCCUACACAGCCCCCUAGUCCGGCCACCAUCAGUGGAUCUGCAUCUCUUUCUACCUGUGCUCCUGAAACUGAGACACAGAAAUGCAGCGUGUCGAAGAGGAUCCCCUGUGGAAAGGGAGACAAGGGGACAACGCCUAAGAACCAAGGAACAUUAAAUGGCAAGAACCGUGGCCGGGACUCAAAGGAAAGUAAUAAAGGUGGAGGCAAGAGGAAAAAAGGCCAAAGUCCGGCUACUACUGUUCCAUCAAUGAUAACAAGCACCAUCACUUGACCUGACAGUGGCAUAUGGUGGGCUAAAAGAUGGAAAGAAGAUGGUCCACCCUGAAAGGCUGCUGAGUGUUACUUCACUGUGACGCUAUCAGACUGAUGUUGAAAAGGAUUAAUACUGCUGCUGCACAUUCAUGAAAAUGCUCAAAGGGAACUGGAGGAUUGCUGCAAUAAGUAAUAAAGUGUGUACUGUUUAUGUUAGACAUAAGGAAAAGAUGUUUCUUCGUGCAACUGGAAGCACUUUGAAAGACUGCCCUUAUGAAGGAUCGUUCUAUUUUAAACAGUGUUUUGUGGCUGAAAUGCUUUGUAUGUCCUGCUUUUAUAUUUGACUACAGACUUCUAUGCCCACAUUAUGAAAGACACUUCAAGUGAGCCCUUCCUUCCAUUUGCUGACUUAUGCACAUUUACAGCACAUUAGCCUGUUGCUCUUUUCCAAAUCUUACAACAUUUCAUUUUCUAGUGUUGGCUCUGCUUUAUUAUGUGAAAGGUACCAAUCAGAAGCAGAAACUGAUAUACUUUUUUUCUCUUUAUAUUCUUGUUCUAUAAUGAAACCAAAGCAAAUCACUGGAACUAAUUUCUGUUUUUUUUUAAUGUUAAACAUUCUUUUUUUUCUUUUCUUUUUUUUAUAUCUUUGGACAAAAUGAUUAAAAAUUAGCAACAAUAUAUUUCUAAAGAUGAACAAACAUAAUCCUUGGUUUCUUCAACAAAGCUAUUAAUUUUUCACUUAUAGCUGUUUAUGAAUAACGAAAGGCUGAUCAAAGAGAACAAUAAGCCACACAAAUAGAGUAAUGAAUGUAUAUUUGAUUUGGCUGGGAGCACUGAGCUGUGUUUGUGUUCAGACAGAAUGAUGGAUAAACAUUGUGUGAAUGUGUAGAAGAUUUUGUGAGGAAUUGCGUGUAACGCACACCUGUGUCGGGUCAGACUAUGGGUGUGAGUGUGUGUAUGUGUGUGUGUGUGUGUGUGAGAGAGAGAGAGAGAGAGAGAGAGCAGGCAUUAAGAACAUUGUAUGAGCACAUUAUUUCACUAGCCUUUACAUACAGUACAGCAAUCUACAUACCACAUGUCUCAUCAGUUAUUAUACAUAUCUUUACAACAGGUUCUGCUAUAUUUAACAAAUACUCCAUAGAGUUCAUAAUAUACAGCACUAUCAGAAAGGGCAAUGCUCUAGCACAUAAGUGAUGCAUUUCUACUUACACUGACAGUUUGUGUAGCAAAUUUUGACACAAGAAUACUUACUUCUUCAGUAGGUAUCAAGCAUGGACAUUCCUGAUGUGGUGUCUUACUGAAAUGGUCUACUUCAGUGUAUGUUGAUCAUGAUUACUUAAUACAAUAUGAAUACAAUAUACUGUAUGUUAUUGUAUAUCUUAUUAUUUGAAAUUCCUGCAUAAAAUAAAUUCUAGAUAUUACUUUUUGCAAGAUCACAGUCUUUAAGCCUUCUCAUUCUGCAUGACCACAGACACAUCCAGCUUCCUUCUUAGCACAUUCUGGAUUCUAAUUCUAAAUCUAACGAUAAUAUUUAAACCAUUAAACAUAUCAGUUUGGG